AUGUUUGGCUUCCCUAUAAAUCUAUUCGGUAUUCCGAACAGUACUAAUCAUCCAAUGAAUAGUAAUUCAUUAAUACCACAUCAACAAUCGUUAUUUGGAAAUUCAUUAAUGAUGCCAUCACCAUUUGGUAAUAUGAAUGGUUUAAUGGGAAGCUUUGGAAUGAAUCCAUCACCAUUUGCCAUGAUGGAUCGAUUGAUGCAAGAAGCCCAUCAGAAUUCGAAUAGGUCAUUACAAUCGUUUUCAUCGACCACUGUUAUGUCUUAUAAUGGUACAGAUGGAAGACCAAAAGUUUAUCAAGAAACAAAAUCUUGCAAUCGAGGACCUGGAGGAAUUGAAGAAACACGACAAGCUAUUCGAGAUACUGAACGUGGACUUAAUAAAGUACAUAUUGGCCAUCGAAUUGGUGAUCGUAAGCAUGUAGUAGAACGAGAAAUGAAUACAACAACUGGUCAGAUAUCUGAAAAUGUUGAACUUGAAAAUCUCGAUGAAGACGAAACUGAUGAUUUUAAAACAGAAUGGCGUCAACGUUCGGCUCAUGGUGGUGUUAAUCAUCGUCAUCCACAUCAUCCUUAUUAUCAACAAAUUGGUUCAAAUCGUUCUUUUAAUCCUUCAUCAAGACCACAAUCAGCACAGUUAGCUAUCGAACAUAAUUCAGCUAGUGGAUUAUCUAGUCGGCAACAUAAAAAAUCACCGAAAAAUUUCAAUAAUUUAUCUCAUCGACCUCAGCACCACUAUUCAGAUACGAUUGAUUUAACUGGAGACACACGUAUUGAAAAUGAUGUAGAAGAAAUAAGACACCUACCAUCACCACAAUCAUUGUCUACCAAACGAAAGCCAUCAGCAGCAGAGGGAGCAUCAAAUUAUAUAAAUGGUCAACGUAAACAUCGACAAAAUCGUUUCUAA